CAGACAUCUCAUCUCCCACAUGAUAAACAAUAGAGAAACUAACUACAAAAGGUUAAAAACGUUUGCAGAAGGUUUUAGGGGUCUCUUUUUAUAAGAAAUUUUUAAAAUUUUAUCUUUUAGGCUGGGAAAGCCAUAGGUGGAAACUUUUUUUCUCUAAUUUCACUACUGUCAUUAUAUUUUUUUAUUGGGAUGUAUCCCAUAAACCUACAUUAUAAUAACGCUACUAUAUAUUUGAAAUAGAAAAUGGCAAUUCCAUCGGAUUGGGAGUUUAAAGAGGUUUUGGAUCAAUUGGAUAAAGUAGAUGAGCGAACUGAACAUGUUUUAGCCAGUACAAUAGAAAACUCUUCAUGCAAAUAUAAAGCAUGGAGUCUUAAAGACUUUUUACGACGUUUAAAAACAUACCGAAACCGGUGGUCGCUUACUUAUGAUCCCAAAUUGGGUGAAGUCAAUUGUUGUAGACAUGGUUGGCUUUGUGACUCUUAUGACAAAUUAACAUGCGAUAUAUGCAAUAGAAGGAUUGAUUUGAAUUUUUUACAGAAUAUUAUUGAUUCAAACGAGCUUUCUUGGGAGCUUCCCCAAAAGGUUAGAGAUCGUAUUGAACAGUCUCUAAUUCAUGAACAUCAAGAUGGUUGCUUAUACAAGAAAAUGAGUUUUCCAGAAAAUAUUUAUGAACUAAAUAUAUCUACGGAGAUUUUAAAUGCUAAGAGGAGGAUUAAAAGGACAUCUCCUUGUUCAGUACAACUCCAUAUUCCGAAAGAAAUGACUCAAGAGCGACUGAUCAAAGUUGCUGAACGAUUUAAUUAUGACAUAUCUAACGACCAUUGUCUCUCGGUGGUUGGGAUUGCGUUGACUGGUUGGACUGAGCAAUUGUCAGGGCAAUUGUACGAGUGCGAAUAUUGCCAUCGAAGAGUCGGUGUUUGGAAUUUACAACAAGAUGAUCAAUCAUUUGAUGUUAUUGAUCAACAUAGACUAAAUUGCCCUUGGAGGAGAGCCUUCCGAAAUAGCCAACUACAGGGAUGGCAGAUCAUCUUGCAACUGUUGACGAUGGAAACGAUUUUCGACCAAAUUGAUACAGAAAAAGAUUAUACUCAUUGGUUCGAUAUGGCUUCAAUAACUGUACAAGAAUUACGAUAACGUACGAAUGUCGUUGCAGCUAUGCAGCAUAAAACUAAAUUUACUUCUGUAUAUCUAGCGAAUAGGAUAAAUAAAACAAAUAAUUUAUUAUAAAAUUAUAAAUAGAUCUUCAAUUAGAUUAAUU